GGACGAUUGCCGGCAAUGAGUUCUCAAACAACCUCUUCAGUGAUCUCGCACCCCUGCUCACCCUUUUUGGCGAGCAGGUCACAAAACAGUUCCUCAGCCUGAGUUUGGGGUGGGCUGAUAAUUUCCUUCUUGUCGGAACACUGCUAGUGAUUGUAGGUAUUUUGUGAUGCGGGCAUGUCAUAAAAGGUAUUACCACGGAAAACAGUUUCGAGCCUGCCCACAACUCAGAUCUUCAGCCAUUGGUCCUGCAAAGAUCUGCCACAGUGGCUGACAACACUUUUCUUCAUAUGCUAUUUCUUUCCUUCUGGGAUUCGGACAUCUACUCUGCCAAGGUGAUCCGAAGGAGAGCCACUUCAGAUAUGUAGGAACUGGCACUUCUGGGUUUGUCAUUCAGUUUGUCGGCCUUCGCGCACUUCACUGGUCGGCCACUAUCCUUCACCUUGGAAUAACUUUAGUCAUGACAGGAGUGCGUGCUUGGGCUCGACGAGGCCUUGCUUUUGAUCCAACCGCCACAACGAUAUUGGACGGCCACGAAAAGGCUUGGCGUGCUCUUCAUCUUUGGGCAAAAAAGACCACGGGCGCUACCCAAAGUUCCACGGCAGCAUCAGGCGAAGAAGUGGAUAUCACUCCGGCGGUUCAGGAGCAAGGUCCAGUUAAAGAUGGACGGGAUGAGGUUAGUAAGGUGACCAAACUAUUUCACAACGUGUACCGCUCUUUCAUAUCACCCAGUGCCCGGCCAGACCUCCCAGAAGGCGAACAGACAUUGCCUCAUGAUCGGGGAGUCCCUCGACUUCAGCCAGGUUUCGGAUCCAGUACCCGUCUAUCCUGCCUCAACAACUUUAUACGACCCAACAUCUUUUUGGCCCAGUGCACCACAAAGGCCUUCCCCGCGUCUGGGUUCACGGAAGAAAUUGAGAGUGAGCCGACCGGAAAUGAGGCAAUGAGCGGAUAUGCAACGAUUUCGAACCUGAUGCCGACCGCUAACGAUAUUGUCCCUCGGGCUACCACUUUCACUAACUUGGCGGAGCGUAUUCUGGGGUACCUUGCAACCUCCAACCACGUGCGAUGGAAGGGGUUCGUUGAACUGUAUGCGUCGGUAAACUAUCGCUUUACCGGCAAGCCAGAAACACUUCGCGGGUUACUAGAGGCCGAGGUCGACAACACGCUCGGCUAUGCAACCACGGCUCAUCCAGACAAAUGGAGUUUUCAACAGCCCAAUCUUGUUCAGGGUUUCAUUGCAAUAUGGCUUUUCACGUUGGCUCGCAGAAGAGCGGCGAUACGAGAUGUCAUCUCUAACCCGUGGGUCAAAGAACUAAUGUUCCGUCAUGAAUACAUUGGGCCUCUUCGCGAGGCCAUAGGGCCGGAGUCAGAGCUUCGGUACUUGAGAAUCAUUGGUACACCCGGUACACAGACAGAUGCUGUGGAAAGAUGGAUAGGCGUUACCACCACUGGGAUUAAAACCCCCAACAGCGGAUCAAUAACCCAGCAUGAAGCUGCAGAACAGAGGGACCUCAGCCCCAGGCUGGUGAAGAUGAUAAAAUACACCGUGAUUGGACUACCGAUGAGAUUGGACGACACCUUGAACCAGAAGACGAUGAUAUCGUCUUCGAACAUCGCGCCGUAUUGAUGUCUCCAUGCGAUGCGUGCAAGAAUUAGUUUCACUAUUCGUACUGGCCAUUGCUUCAAAUAUUACGGUGGUCGGCGGGACGACAAGGUUCGAUCAAGAAGCCGCGGAUAUGGAGUUGGAAAUGCGACGGCCGCAGCGAUCUUGGACAAACACUGUGUUCACCGCUAUUGCCAAUAAAAUUGUCGAUGCCGGAAUUGCACGAGAUCUCACGGAAGCGUUUGUUCUUGCCAUUCCGGCUUUUGCUUACCAUAACCUGCUACCGCGGGAGGAAGGGGUUGAUGUCAGCUUUGACUCGAAUACUGGCAUUGAUGGAGGUACUGGUUCCCCAGGACAUCCCAACGCGGGCACCUCGUCAUCUGUGGUUGCGCCUGCUUGAGAAUCGGGAAGCUAGAGGUGUUUUGGUUCCUGUUUGGUUCUACCGCGCGUCAAUGAUUGAGGAUUACGGUGUAAACUUUCUGACGACAUCAAUGUCGGUGUCUCUUCAUAGGGACGAGACACAAUUCUUUUAAAUGGAGAUCCCAUGUCAGAAGUACCUUACCCUUGACUUGUGACCGACGAACUCCAAGCCUCGAUGUUGUGGUGUCACAUAUGCCUGCUUCAUGCAGC